AUGCAUACUAUCCCGGAAGAGUGUGAGAGGCUCUUCUGUGACACAUUGUCUGCGAUCUUCCUUGGUGAGAGGAGCUUCGCUGGACAAGAGUCACUUGGGGUGGGUGCGUCUCAAAGCCGGCCGAACAAUAGUAUGCCGAUUGAACAGUGGUUUGAGCUGUUGGAUUACACCAGCGACACUAUACACCGUGGUUUUGUAACCAAUACGAGCGGCGAACCGACCUUGUUUGUUUUCCUUGCAGAGAACGCACUCGGUCACGGUCUGAAAACAGGGUUAAUUGCCCUGUUUGAACUUGCUAAUAUAUCUGCUUUUGGGUGCCCCCGAAUUGUGGCAUGUGUACCCCGUUCGCACGAUGCAGUUGAACUAGAAGCUGUACGGAACCUCGGUUGGUGCGGAUUCAGUUUGACUACUUUGCAACCGUGGAGUGGUGCAAGAGACGUCGAACGCUCGCUUAGCACUAAAUGGCUUUUCUUGGAUGCGGAGGUUUAG